AAUAGUUUUUUCUCUAACUUCUUAAUUUUCCAGGAAGGACCUAUUGAAAUCACAGCGGGUGCACCUCACACGAAAUUCAGCAUUGAAAAGAGUACACUAACGCUUCCAAAUGUCAGUAUUCGGGAUGUAACCGUUGAAGGUUUCGAUGUUUGCGGUAGCGUAGAGAAGAAGGCCAGUGAGGCGAUAUCUGCACCUCUGGUAUUGAAACGUGUCGACAACGCGGAUACUGUUUCUAUUCGACCUGACGCUGAUGGAAAAUUCUGUAAAAUGGUUCCUCCAGCAAAAUAUACAAUUUCGCCGGCCGAUGCAUCCUCGACAUUGACUCCACGAUCGCUGGAUAUCGACUUGACUACGUCAUCUGUUCAUGAUUUGCGCUUCACACACUUCAAAACCGACGCAGUCGUUCUUGUUACGUGCAUAGGAACAUGUGAAACAUUAUCGAUAUCCUUAUUGCAUGGAAGCAAUGUUGUUGAUACAGUUCGUGGAAAAGAUGAAUUUGUUUUCAAGAAUAUUGGCCCAGGCAACUAUCGGGGUGACCGGGGCUGUUGGGAACAACGAGAACUACCGUUGGUCAUCGAAAAAGUUCGUCCACAACCAGUGCAUUUCGUUCAAAGUGGCUUCGCUAACAGUAUUAAACUCAGUCAUCCAGCACAGCUAGUAAGUCUUAUUUACUCGGCGGUAGUGCAUGAUUUCAGUUGUAUUUUUCAAAAGAAAAUCUGUGUUUUAUUUUCAGUUGCAUCCGAUCAAAUCUAUGAAUCGAAAGCUUUGGAUGCAAAGAUUAGCGGCAUGGUCAAAAGCACAGCGGUGUUGCUUAGGUCUGGUGCUGGUGAGCGAGAUGUAUCUGUUGGUUCAAAUGGUGUAUUCUCCUUCCAUGAACCCUUGACCUCGAGUGGAGACGUGAUCAUAACUCCUCAGUCAGGCACCCACUUGUUCGAUCCUUCUAAAUUCUCACUGAGAUUCAGGUUUGUUGUUCUUUUAAAUAUAUCGGAGUUUGAGUUUUCAGGAGGUAUUUUCUUUUUGGUUCUUCAGAUUGUUGCUCAACAUAAGCAAGAUGUAAACGUUCAUUUCGAAACCGUUUCGGAUGCAAAAGGAAAAUACAGGAUUGGUCCCGUUCGUCGUGCGGAAGAUAUAAAAAUCACAGCUGAACUUGACGGUUAUGCAUUUGCUGAGAAGCCAGGCCAUGUUGGGCAUAUAUUGAGCACGAAACUCAGCAAAUUGACAGUUGUUGAAACAUCUGAACGAUUAGAUGACGUGCUGUUAUCGAUUGUUGGUGGAAAGGAUUACAGAAGUAAUAGUAUGAUCGAUAAAACAGGAGAAAUCAAUUUUGUCGGUUUGGCACCUGGUGACUACUUCCUCCGAGCGAUACUGCAAGAGUAUAAGUUUGAACCAUCGACGACGACGAUCACUGUAAAAGAAGGCCAACAUGAACAUGUUGAACUCCGAGGAAAAAGAGUGGCUUUCAGUGUGUUCGGUCGUAUUCGCGAGAUGUCGGGAUCAGCGGUCGUGGGAGUGGUGGUUGAAGCGUUGUCAGAGCAAUGUGAUCAACAUCAAUCAGAAGCUGUCACUGCUCAGGACGGUUCCUACCGUAUUCGCGCACUGCGGCCUAGCUGUCAAUACCGAGUGUCGAUUAAAGCCGGAGCUGAUGGAGCAGCUGCUCCGCACUGUUUUCCGUCUCAGUUCGAAGUGAGGAUGACUGCUGAAGAUCUGAAAGGAUUGGAUAUGGUUGCAGCGCCGUACGAUUUGAGCACCGAUCUUGCUGUAGAGCGCGACGGUGAAACGAUUUCUCAAUCAGUGGUCCAUGCUCCGGUUACGGUAUACUAUUUGAAUAACUUGCCCCGUGAUGGCAGGGAAUAUUCAGUCCGAGUAGAGCCUGAUCGGCAACCGCAGACCUUCCCGGCAAAGACAGUGUUCUUCACCACUGAUGCACCAGUACGUGUCGUGAGGAUUCCAAUCACAUCGUCUAAGCGCUCGGGUGAAGUAGAGAUCAGCGCCGGCUCUCUACUUGCUUUGCCGUUUUUCGGAUUGCUUGCGUUGAUUUUCUUCAAUCAGUUCUAUUUGAAACUUGGAAGUCAUCUUUAUUGA